AUGUCGUACCGCGGCAGUUCCAUCGAUGGAGAAACUCAAGGCUCUCAUAGCCAUGAGCUCAAUCGACAGCCAGGCCCACCAAAUCCCCGGACCAUCAGUGCGCCAUACACCCUCGCCGGCCCGCGAGCCUCGACGCGAUGUGAAAGGCAGCAGACUGGAAGCCGGAAGGGGACCAGUGUCGUCAGUCGAGCAUCUCGCGAGCACAACAACGAUGCCCGUCAUGGGGAAGAGUACACGAAGAAGCCGAUCUGGGGAUUCGCGGCGCCUUUGCCCCGUGUAAAACGCCCGAGGAUGGAGUCGAGGCGCACACGAGCAGGUUACCAUGGCGGCGACCGCCAACCAUCGCCGACGUCCCACACCAGAGCAGAGUUUCAGCGUAAGCCUACAAACGAACUGUCCAUACAGCCUUCGGCCCCAAGCGGUACGGAGCCGGCACCUCAAGUUGGCGUCACACCGGAUAGGAACGAAGAAGCUCACGAGCGGAGAGGGCGUCCAAGUGCAGAAAAACAACAAAACCACCACCAGCAACAACCUCCAGAUCUCUUGCGUCGAGCUACCACGGCCCGGGCGUCGACCUAUCAUCCCGACGAACGGGACCUAGCCUCAGUAUCGCAGCAGGCAUCAGAAUCGGUACGUUCCCGGCCUAGCAGGCAGACGCAGGACCUUGCCGACGAGCACAUCAGCGCCCAGGACCAGGUCACCCCGUUCAACAGUGCCGCAGUCCGUUCCACGGCAAGCUCGACACAUCGCCAAAGGAGGUAUCAAGAUCUGGACUACCUCCGACGAACAAAGUCACGACAGAGUGAAGCGGCCGAGGUCGAGGCUGCGCGCAGGCGGCUGCAAGGGCUAGCCGACACUGCAGAGCACGAGUCGGGAUUGAGCUACCCCCACAAUCCAAACAACAUCAACUGGGAGGAGGAUUUCGCGCCCGAGGACGACGACGGCAGCGCAGAUUCGUACUCCCAGACGGACGAGUCUGAUGGGGAACCUCCUUACUACAAUUUCUGGGGCAGGUGCAGGGCGCCUCUUCGGCAGCCGUUUGCCGAGUUUCUGGGCACGUUGGUCUUCAUGACUAUCGGGCUGUGCGGGAGCAUCGUGCGCAUGACGGCACCCGACGACUACGGCAACCUCCUCUCGGCCUAUCUCGCCUGGGGUCUGGGGGUGAUGAUAGGGAUCUACGUGGCCGGCGGGGUUUCCGGAGGGCACCUGAACCCGGCGCUGUCUCUGAUGCUCUCCGUGUUCCGUGGCUUCCCGUGGCGGCUGUGCUGGCAGUACGUCGUCGCGCAGAUCCUGGGGGCUCUGACCGCGUCCGGGAUCGUGUACGGCCUGUACCGGGACGCCAUCGAGAAGUACUCGUUGUCGUCGGACGUGACCCAGGUCGGCCCGGCGUUCUGGACCGCGCCGCGCCAGGACCUCAGCAAGCCUGCCGCCUUCUUCACCGAGUUCACCGCCACGGCCAUUGCGUCCGGGUCGGUGCUUGCGCUCGGAGACGAGAGCAACUCGCCGCCCGGAGCGGGCAUGCACGCCUUCAUCAUCGGCCUUCUCGUGUCGUCCCUGUGCAUGGCCUUCUCGUACAACACGGGCACCGCGCUCAAUCCGGCACGAGACCUGGGCCCGAGACUGGUGACAUGGAUGGCCGGGUUCAGCACCGAGGUCUUCACGCUGUUCGACUGGUGGUGGAUCUGGGGUCCUUGGGUUGGCACCAUCACAGGAGCCCUCUUCGGGGCCUUUGUCUACGAUCUACUCAUUUUCCAAGGAGGCGAGAGUCCUGUCAAUUAUCCCACUUCAUACAGGCUUCGCGAUGCCAUUGAUUCCUGGAAGGAUACGAGGACUGUAUCGAGAAUUGGAAGGGGGAAAGAUAUCCAGGGCCAGAUUGACCAGAAGUUAGAGGCGGUAGUUUAG